AUUUUGGCUUCCUACAUCCCAUGGCAUGGACGCCAUAAAGUCCGGAUUAUCUGGUGCGAUUGCCAGCGUGAGGUAUUGCGCUGGUCAGUGGUGACGAAUCCGAUGCCAAGAACUUAAAGGAUGAACUGCCAAAUCUCACUAGUCCAGAAAUGGUUAAGUGCGAAAACCCCACGUGGCAGGGAUUCGACGAGAUUUGAAAACUUUCCAGGCUACCAGAGAGUAACGAGACCACUCACUAUUUGGAGGAAUUCCGUCUCGCAAAACCGCUGGACUACCACGAUAAAAGUUCAAAAUGGGUGUCGGACGUCGCAUGCAAAAGCAAGGCCCGCCGCCUCCGCUAGAUGAAUCCAAAGUGACGAGAAAGCGAAAGGAAUUUCAAAACCAAGAUGCGCCGGACACCAAGAAGAGGAAGUUUGACAAGAACUCCAAAUCGGCUCCGGGUACCUAUGGUAGAUCCAGAGCUGCGUCCACCAAGCCCAAGGUGACCGCGAAGGUCGACGAUCGGAAAGUCAAGGCCGCGCCGAAGACCAAGCAACCACAGGCCCGCAAAGUACCCGCUGCGAAGUCCAAGAAAGUUGUAUCUGUUGAAGCUAGCGCAUCUGACGACCUCGAAGUGCUUGAGGAUGGUUCGGAUAUUGAUAUGUCGGAAGAUUUAGAUAUGGCCGAGAAUGGUCUGGAGGGCUUCAAGGCACAGUUGGAUGACAUUGAAAGCGAUGGGGAGGACGAGGGAUCAUCUAUUGGGGCGGAAGGCGACGAUUUCCUUGGAUUGGGGUCCGAAGCCUCCGACUCCGUCGUUGACUCGGAAGAUGAAGGCUUGAGCCAGGCCGCCCGGCGAGCGAUUUGGUCCGAGGACGAAGACGACGGAUCACUUUCCGACACCGAGCAACUGACGGCCUCGAACAUCGCGGGCUUGUCGAAGCAACUAGACCGAGAACAAGCGCAAGAAGCCGCUGAAGCGCAAGCCGAGUUGGAAGAGGCGCAGUUACAAACGAACAUCUUGGGCGAUCAAGAUGGAAUGUUCUCCGACUCGGACGGCGACGCCGAGGGAGUUCCGAAAAUCGCUCGGCUCGCGCCCGAUCUCCAGUUCCUACGACAGCGGAUAUCCGAAGCGAUUCGCGUGCUCGACAACUUCUCGCAGCUGGCUGAGGAGGGGAGAAGCCGGUCGGAUUAUAUGCAGAAGUUGUUGAAGGAUAUCUGCACGUACUACGGAUAUUCGCCGUUCCUCGCCGAGAAGCUCUUCCUGCUCUUCCCUCCGAAAGAAGCUCUCGCCUUCUUCGAUGCCAACGAGACCCCGCGACCGGUCGUCCUCCGUACCAACACGCUCCGCACUUCGAGGCGCCAGCUCGCACAGGCAUUGAUCAGCCGUGGUGUGUCUCUGGAGCCCGUGGGCAAGUGGUCCAAGGUGGGACUCCAAGUAUUCGAAUCUCCCGUGCCGUUGGGUGCCACCCCCGAGUACCUUUCCGGACAAUACAUGUUACAAGCCGCAGCAUCAUUCCUCCCCGUCAUGGCUCUCGCGCCGCAGGAGCACGAGCGUGUACUGGACAUGGCAUCCGCGCCCGGUGGAAAAACGACGUACGCCGCCGCGCUGAUGCGCAAUACCGGCUGUAUCUUCGCCAACGACGCCAACAAGCAGCGAGCCAAGGGUCUUAUCGGCAACAUCCACCGCAUGGGCGUCAAGAACACUGUCAUCUGCAACUACAACGCUCUAGAGUUCCCGAAGGUGAUGGGCGGGUUCGACCGAGUGCUGCUGGACGCUCCGUGCAGCGGCACCGGCGUCAUCAGCAAAGAUCCCAGCGUCAAAACAAACAAGACCGAGAAAGACUUCCUGCGCCUCCCCCACCUGCAGAAGCAGCUGCUGCUGGCCGCGAUCGACAGCACCGACCACGCAUCCAAGACCGGCGGCUACAUCGUCUACUCCACCUGCAGCGUGACGGUCGAAGAAAACGAGCAGGUGGUGCAAUACGCCUUAUCACGACGCCCCAACGUCAAGAUCGUGCCCACUGGCCUUCCGUUCGGCCGCGAAGGCUUCACCAACAUCAUGGGCAAGAAGUUCGACGCCUCGAUGAAGGAGACGCGUCGCUUCUACCCGCACGUGCAGAAUCUCGACGGGUUCUUCGUGUGCAAGCUGAAGAAAACCGGACUGACGCCGGCAAACGCGGUGCACGCCAAUGGCGUUGGCGCCGGUGUGGUGAAAGCUGCGGAGGAAGAGGCGGUGGACCGGACGCCUUUGAGGGAUGAGGAGGAAGAGAAGGCGGAUGAAUUCGGUGGGUGGGAUGAAGAGGAGGAUGCGCAGUAUAUUGAGCGGGCGAAGAAGAAGUCGAUGAGGAGAAGGGGGUUGAAUCCGAAGUUGGCCGGGAGGAAGCCAGUGGAGAAGAAGGCGAGCUGAGGCUCGCUAACGUUGUAGAUUUCAGUAUUCAGCAGGAGGAUACUAUCUUCCUUCAUAAAAAUUGUGCAGUUAAGGUUCGAGCGACUGAUAUCCAAACCCUGCCCUCCCGCAUCCACUCCAUGCCAGUCGAGGGCUUAAGUCCGGAGACUGCAUCUAACAUCAGGUCAAAGUAAAGCAGUUAGAAAAGAUACUCGGUCCUGAGCUUCGAUUCAACCCUACUCCGUACCGCAUCUCCACGGCACACGCAGCUCAUUGUUCUCUCCCUUCGCGUAAUAGCCUGAAUUCGCGGCAGACUAGCAGCCCCUGAAAGGUUGCCUUCCCGAAUUUGAACCACCACAGACGGUGCCAACCAUAAUCUAUAAAUUGGAAUCUCUGCAGCUCUUUAGCGGCCUUAGGCAUAAUCAUGGAUCCUAUCUCGUUCAUCGCUCAAUCCA